AGUCCAGGACGCCGCCGCCAACAGGGACCCGAGGGGGGGCUGAGCCAUGCUGUCUGCGGCUAUUCAGAUCCUGGCGUUCGCCCUGGCUCUCCUGGGCGUCCUCGGGGCCACCGUGGCCACCCUGCUGCCCAACUGGAAGGUGAGCAUGAACGCCUGGUCCAGCGUCAUGACCCCCAUCUCGCAGAUGCAGGGGCUGUGGAUGGACUGCGUGUGGUACAGCUCGGGGGUCUUCAGCUGCACCAUGAAGAACUCUGUGCUGUCGCUGCCGGCGUAUCUGCAGACCACUCGGGCCGCCAUGGUCCUGUCCUGCAUGGUGGCGGCGUUUGGACUCUGUCUCGCCUCUCUGGGGCUUAAAUGUACUCGCUGGGGGGGGAGCCAUCGAGCAAAGGGGCACACUGCCAUCGCUGCAGGGGGGUGCUUCAUCCUGGCCAGCCUCCUGUGCCUGGUCCCCGCAUCCUGGUUCACCAACGAAGUCAUCACCGUGUUCCUCACCACCGACCUGCCGGAGAGCAGUAAAUAUCAGCCGGGAGGAGCGCUGUGCGUCACGUUUAUCUCCGCUGGAUUCCUCCUGGCUGGGGGCGUCAUCUUUUGUAUGUCAUGUCCUGGAAAGAGAUCAAGGCGACCGGACUACCCUUACCCCCCAGACCCUGACAGACUUGUAAUGUACGGAGACGACUGUCGGAGGCGGGAGACGUUACACGUUCUGCCGAAACCAAGGAAAAAGAAAUCAGUGAAGCUUCAGACGGACAAAGUGAAGGAGGAGAAACCUCCUCAGGUACAGAACCAGGAGCAGAGGGUCUACUCGUCACCCUCAAAACUCCCUCCUAAAGACAUCAAGGACAGCUACAGCCUCCAGGAGUACGUGUAG